CAUACGGGACUGCAGAUAGAACAUCCUCACAACUUUCAUAGGAAUGACCGGGAGCCAUCUAAACGCUGUAUUCAGUUCUCCAUCCAUUAACGGAGUUGAGACGCCAUUACAGGCCGAAGGAUCUCUACUAUAAACACACUCAUGAGUUGGAUUGUAAUCUGUAAAUCAAAAGGGGCAGAGAUUCGGUGAGUCUUGUUGUUAAAGAAUAAAUCACUUAACAGAGCAAAUGGCGGAGAAAAUUGCUCUUCUUGAAAGUUUCCUGAACUGCCAUGUGUGUUCAGAGACUUUCAGUGACCCUGUGUCUCUGAGCUGCAGCCACAGCUUCUGUUCAAACUGCCUGCAAAAGUUCUGGGAACAAGCUAAAAACAAAAACUGUCCCAUUUGUAAAACAAAGUCCUCCACGGAUGAACCAGCAGUGAACUCUGCACUGAAGGAACUGGCUGACUCCUUUGCUGGGAGGCAGAAGAAUGGUUCACCUGAGAUGGAAAAAGAAAAGGAGACAGAGGAAGUUGUGUGUGUUCAACAUCCAGAAGUCCCUUAUUGGUUCUGUGAGGAUGAAGAUAGAGCUGUGUGUCCUGUCUGUGAGUUUUCUCUCCACCACGGUCACAAGGUGGUUCCUAUAGAACUAGCAGUCAGUGAGCUGAAGGAGCAGCUGAAAUCUGACUUGAAGUCUCUACAGGACAAGAGGGGCAGAUACAAACAAGUGGAGAAAACAUACGAUGAAGUGAUUCAACACUCCAAGAAGCAGCUGUUGUCCACAGAGAGGCAGAUCAGAGCAGAGUUCAACAAGCUUCACCAGUUCCUGAAAGAGGAAGAGGAGUCCAGACUGGCAGCUCUGAGGGAGGAAGAGGAGCAGGAGGGGAAGACUAUCAGCAGAGAGAUGAAGAUGAUUCAGGAGCAGAUCUCCUCUCUGUCAGACAGUAUCUCUGCUGUUGAAGAAGAGCUGCAGAAACACAACGUGCCGUUCCUCAGCAGUUAUAAACCCACUCAGACCAGAGCCAGAGUCCAGUGCUCGCUGUCAGAUCCACAGCUGGUCUCAGGAGCGCUGACAGAUGUGGCCAAACAUCUGGGCAACCUGUCCUUCAGAGUCUGGGAGAAGAUGAGGGACGAGGUCCACUUCAGUCCUGUCAUUCUGGACCCAAACACUGCAAACCCCUGGCUUUAUCUGUCUGAUGAUCUGACCAGUGUGAGACAGGGAGACACCAAGCAGCAGCUUCCUGACAAUCCAGAGAGAUGCACCAAAUAUACCAUGCUUCUGGGCUCUGAGGGGUUCAGCUCAGGGAAACACAGCUGGGAGGUGGAGGUGGGAGACCAUCCUUACUGGUUUGUGGGUUUGGCUAAAGAGUCAGUGGAAAGGAAGGGAGAGUUACUUGCUUCACCAAAAUAUGGAAUCUGGUGUUUAUGGCAUGAUAAUGGAAAAUACGAUAAUGGAGCUGGUAAGCCCGUCAGAGUGAAGAAGAGUCUCCAGAGGAUCAGAGUCCAGCUGGACUAUGACCGGGGGGAGGUGUCCUUCUACAACCCUGAAGACAAGACCCACAUCUGCACUCUCAGAGACACUUUCACUGAGAAACUCUUCCCAUUGUUCAGUAUCGGAGCGGCUGGUGAUGCUAAAACUGCUGAUAUCAGAAUCUGUCAAACUGAGAUUUCUCUGUUUUUGUCAGUUACUGACAAUUCCAGUUAGUUCUUUUUAGGUGAAAAUUGUGCAUUUUAAAAGCAAAUGAAGAAAAUGUAGAGAUCCGGGUAAAAGAAAAACCAAAAUUUGAUCUUUCAGAAAAUUACAUGAUGGAACACAUUCCUUGGUUGUUGUAUAAUAUACAAUAUAUUUCCAAAGCACAAAAUUAGAAACUAAAGCUGAAAUGUAGGUAUUCGGCAUGUAAAGCAUUCUUGGCAAAAUGGUGGAUGUGGUUAGGACAAGUAGAUUUCAUGUGAUAUUUUUACUUUUCUUUUUUCAAAUGAUUAGCAACAACUUUAAGUUUGCAUAAGAAAGGCUUCAAUUUUAAAUCAUAUAACCACAGAAAGCCUCAUCUCACUUUGUUUUCUUUUGACAUUUUAAAAUGACUUCCUUGUGUUUAAUGGUGACUGGUUACCUUUUGUAAAUAUAAUGUUCAGUUCCUUCA